CAACUCAGGGAUUUUUUAUUUUCAGAACCAAAACUCUCAUCCUCUCAUUCUGUAUCAUGCAAUAAUUAACAAAUAUAAUGGCUUCUCUUCGACUCUUCCACUGCUCUAUUUGCAAUGAUGAUUAUCAAUUUCAAUGGCGAUACCUUAACCAAUGGCCGACCAAGAUCUCAACUAUCUCCAUUCACAAGGGCAAACUCUCAUUCCCCCGUCACGAUGUAUCAUUUCUGGACAAGUCCCUCUCUCUUCACCGACACUCAUGUCAGAUCCUUUGCCGUGUUUCUUCCGUCGAAGAAAGCACAAGGGAGGAGAGUAAAGAGAUGGUGCCCAGACCUGGACGAGAAAAAGUGCGGCUCUGUGUUCGAUUGGAUCAUCAAGUUAAGUUUGGCGAGAAUGUCGCGAUAUUAGGUUCGACGAAGGAGUUGGGAUCAUGGAAGAAGAAAGUGAAGAUGAAUUGGACGGAGAAUGGUUGGGUUUGUGAGGUGGAGUUGAAAGGCGAUCAAUCAAUUGAAUUCAAAUUUACGAUUAUGGAGAAGAAUGAUAAGAUGGUUUGGGAGAAAGGCAAUAAUCGUGUACUGAAGCUGCCUAAAGAAGGUGUUUUUGAAUUGGUAUGUCACUGGAAUAUGACCGAAGAGACUGUGAAUAUAUUGCCUUCGGGUUCGACGGAGGAAGGGGAGGAAGUAGAGGGUACGAGUAGUAAUAACGACUCUGAAGUUGUUGAUUCUGCUCCUGUUCUAGACGGAGGACGGAGCCCUUUUGUUGAACAGUGGCAAGGGAGGUCUGUGUCAUUUAUGCGGUCGAACGAGCAUGGAAACAGCGAAAUAGAGAGGACCUGGAACACCGAGGGCCUUGAGAAAUUGCCAUUAAAAUUAGUUGAAGGUGAUCAGAAUGCCAGGAAUUGGUGGCGGAAGUUAGAAGUUGUACGUGAGCUGCUGGUAGGAUGUUUGGAAAGUGGGGAUCGCUUAGAGGCUCUUAUAUACUCUGCAAUAUAUCUGAAGUGGAUAAACACAGGGCAGAUUCCAUGCUUUGAAGAUGGAAGUCAUUACCGGCCAAACAAGCAUGCUGAGAUUUCCAGACUCAUAUUUCGUGAACUUGAAAGAAUUACUUACGGGAAAGAUGCAUCACCUCAGGAAAUACUUGUCAUUCGCAAGAUUCAUCCAUGUUUACCAUCAUUCAAGUCAGAAUUCACCGCAUCUGUUCCUCUGACUCGGAUAAGGGAUAUUGCUCAUAGGAAUGACAUCCCUCAUGAUCUCAAGCAAGAAAUCAAGCAUACAAUACAAAAUAAGCUUCACCGUAAUGCUGGCCCUGAAGAUUUGAUUGCUACGGAGUCAAUGCUUGCAAGAAUUAGUAGGAACUCUGGCGAGUAUAGUGAUGCAUUUGUGGAACAAUUUAAGAUAUUCCAUCACGAACUCAAAGAUUUCUUCAAUGCUGGCAGCCUCACUGAACAACUUGAAUCGAUUAAGGUAUCUAUGGACGGGCAGAGCUUAUCAGCUAUGACUUCAUUUUUGGAGUGCAAGAAGAAUCAAGACAAAUUGGAAGAAUCUAACAAUUUCUCAAAAGAUGAUGACAUUGAUCUAUUGAUGAAAACAUUGCAAUCUUUGGAGGCUCUUAGAGCGGUGCUUAUUAAAGGUCUUGAAAGUGGUCUUCGGAAUGAUGCCCCUGAUACUGCAAUAGCGAUGCGCCAAAAGUGGCGUCUUUGUGAGAUCGGCCUUGAGGAUUAUUCUUUCGUUCUUCUAAGCAGGUUCCUCAAUGCACUUGAAGCUAUGGGAGGAUCAUCCUGGCUUGCCCAGAGUGCAGGGUCAAAGAAUGUAAGCUCUUGGGGUGAGCCAAUCUGUGCCUUUAUAGCUGGUAUUGGCCAGCUAGGACUCUCAGCUUGGAAGCCAAAGGAAUGUAAGGCUAUUGAAAGUGAGCUCUUUGCAUGGCAACAGAAAGGUCUUUUUGAAAGAGAAGGCAGCGAGGAUGGCAAAAUCAUUUGGGCGUUGAGGCUUAAGGCUACUCUUGAUAGAGCACGGAGGUUAACAGAAGAAUAUUCUGAUUCACUUCUUCAAAUUUUUCCUCCAAAAGUCCAGAUACUAGGAAAAGGUCUUGGAAUUCCAGAGAACACUGUAAAGACAUAUACUGAAGCUGAAAUUCGUGCGGGUGUUACUUUUCAGGUCUCAAAAUUUUGUACCCUGCUUUUAAAAGCUGUACGAAGUACACUGGGAUCUCAAGGUUGGGAUGUUCUUGUCCCAGGAGCUGCUGUUGGUACUGUUGUACAGGUCGAGAGAAUAGUCCCUGGAUCAUUGCCCUCAUCCACUGGAGGACCCAUCAUUCUUCUGGUUAACAAAGCUGAUGGAGAUGAGGAGGUAACAGCUGCUGGGAAUAACAUAGUAGCUGUGCUGCUUCUACAGGAGCUGCCUCACUUAUCACAUCUUGGUGUUAGAGCCCGUCAAGAAAAGGUUGUAUUUGUUACAUGUGAAGAUGAUGAACAAAUCGCAAACAUAAAAGAGCUUAAUGGAAAAUCUGUAAGGUUGGAAGCAUCUUCCACGGGUGUUGAUAUAUCUGCAUCAUUGUUAAAUAAUAGCAAAGAUGAAUUUGCAGUAAAUACGUCAGGUAAUGGGACUCCAUCCACAUUGGAAGUCCCAGAACCCCAGUCUUCAUGGUCUGCAGUUAAAGCACCUCACCCAAGUCAGGGUACUUCUACUACAGGAGUUAUUGCACUUGUGGAUGCAGAUACUUGCACUUCUGGUGCAAAGGCUGCUUCUUGUGGUCGCUUAGCUUCUUUGGCAACAAUUUCUGAAAAAGUUUACAGUGACCAAGGGGUGCCAGCUUCGUUCCAAGUACCUGCAGGAGCAGUUAUACCCAUUGGGGCAAUGGAAUUGGCACUACAAGAAAGUGGAUCAAUAAAAGCCUUCCAAUCCCUUCUAAAACAGAUAGAGGAUGCCAGAAUGGAAGGUGGUGAACUGGAUGAAGUAUGCUCUCAACUGCAAGAACUUAUCGCAGUGCAGCGCCCUUCCAAUGAUAGCAUCAUGAACAUAGCAGAAAUGUUCCCUGACAAUGCCCGCUUGAUUGUUCGCUCAAGUGCCAAUGUUGAGGAUUUGGUAGGGAUGUCAGCUGCUGGACUAUAUGAGUCGAUUCCAAAUGUUAGCCCCUCAAAUCCUGAGGUUUUUGGGGGUGCUGUUGCAAGAGUAUGGGCUUCUCUAUACACUAGGAGGGCAGUGCUAAGUCGUCGAGCUGCGGGUGUGCCACAACAGGAGGCUACGAUGGCUGUGCUUGUGCAGGAAAUGUUGUCACCAGACUUGUCCUUUGUGCUUCACACUCUUAGCCCAACAGAUCGUGAUCACAGCUUGGUUGAGGCUGAGAUCGCUCCUGGGCUUGGUGAAACUCUGGCGUCAGGAACCCGUGGUACGCCUUGGCGUUUGUCUUCUGCAAAGUUUGAUGGCAAGGUGACCACAAGAGCAUUUGCUAAUUUCAGUGAGGAGAUGUUGGUUCGAAGUACAGGUCCUGCUGAUGGGGAAGUAAUCCGUCUGACUGUAGACUACAGCAAGAAACCGUUGACAAUUGACCCAAUUUUCCGCCAACAGCUCGGCCAGCGCUUAUGUGCUGUUGGUUUCUUCCUUGAGCGCAAGUUUGGCUGUCCUCAGGACGUGGAAGGAUGUUUGGUUGGCGAAGACGUUUUUAUAGUUCAGACACGACCACAGCCCUUAUAGAAGGAAAUGAUUCAUGGUUUAUUCUGGCUAUCAGAAGUAAGUGAUUGAGACUAAGCAUUUGGGGUUUUACAGGAACGUGGAUCACCUACCGGAGUCAUGAGAACUGCCAGCAUGCAUCAGUAUGGUCUGUGUAAAAUGUCCAAAGUACAAAGUUCUGUACAUUAAGC